AUGAACUUCUUUAAGAAACUACUCGACCCUUUAGUAGAGAUAAAGAGCGAUGAAGAGAUUAAAGAAAGAGAAGAGUUGGGUAUCAGUGAAGAGUUGAUACAGUUUGUUGAAAAGAUAUCAAAGUUUCCUCAAUCGUUUCAAGAUUUUCCUUUACAUACUGUACCUGCUAAUACUAGUAAGAAAAGAUAUAUAGAUAUAUAG